AUGUCACCUCGUCGAACACUUGUAGCCCCCGGAUAUCAACUAUUAAUUAUUGUCGACAAACCAUCAGCUUAUGCUGAACGUUAUGACUUUAUUGGUGCUAUCAAUGGAUCACAAGCGAUCGCUUGUAUGACUUUAACAUCAGCUGAUCGUAAAAGCCGAAAUAUUGAAGGUGUCAGAAAAGAAAUAGUGAAUGAAUGGAUUGUCAAAACGUUAGCACCAGCGAUUAAUCGAUUAGGUAUUAAUAACAUUUAUUUGAUAUGUGAUAAGAGUCAAUCUCAUAACAAGGUCAAUAUGAUACAAGCAUUCAAGGCUGGUCAAUGUAAAUCAGUCAUAGAUAUUUGUUACAUGUCAGCAGCAUCAGCAAAGUACAUAUCACCAUUAGAUAAUCCAAAAUGGCACGGAUUCAAAGAAGUUAUUUUGGAAGUCAACAUCCAGUGA